CAAAAAUGGCGGAUUGAUGACCUAGCUACCACUUCUUUCGUUCAAUGAAAAUUUCGAAAAAGCUCUCUUAUAUGAGGCUUCAAAGUUUCGCACAUUAAACAAUGCCGAGCCUUGAUGUUCACGUUGCCUUGUCAGAAGCUCUAGAGGUUCAGGGUGGGCCUUUGAGAGAACCUCAGAUAUGGGCUGUGCUCUGCCAAACUGCAGAGGCCAUUCAAGAUUUAUUUAUCAAAGAUUUAGUCCAUGAUGGCCACAUGCCCAGGUAUCUCAUCACUCCAGACACAUUACUUUUCUGUCACAACGGCAGAAUCAAAUUUGGGAAAACUUCCUUUCGAGACUCUAGGAAUGAGAGAUACAUUCCCCCGGAACUGUUCACAAACCCUGCAAUGACAGAGGAAGUGGUAGACAAGAUGUUUGUGUUCAGCCUGGGGAUUACACUGUAUGCUGCAGGAGACUAUGGACUCUCCCCAGAAGAAGAUAUAAAUCUCAGUCAGACCUUAGAUUCACUAAUCAGCUCUAUGUGUGAGGAGAACCCUACUGAUAGAAUAGCCUUGGUUCAUAUCUUGGAGACAUGUAGCAAUCAUGCUGGAAGAUUUACAGCUGGAUAUUCUUAUUCUCACUAUGUGUCCCACCUUUAUAAACUAGUGCUGGGAAGCACAGGAACUAUAACAGCAAUAUUUCCUGAAGAGGAGGACGAAAACAGAUUUCAAGGCAAAAGAAAAUCUUUCAGCCCCUCAGAUUCAGGUCUCUCUCUUUCGCGAUCACGGUCAAGGUCACCUCACCAAAAAGCUGAGAAAAGAAUGCAGUCACAAAGGAAAGAAAGGAGAAUUAGGGAAGAAGGAAAGUCAGUAAGAAGCAGAAAGUCCAGAUCAACCAGACAAGAUGAAGAUUUGGAAUCCAGCACAAGCACUGUUAAUUCAAGACAUCAGCAAACACAUUUCCCUCCAACCAGGGAACGUUUAGCUCACCUUGGUAGAGCAGAGAGGUCAUAUCAUUUGUCUGACAUCACCUUUGGUUCCCAUGGCAACACAGAUUACCAUGCCAGUGGGAUGAACAUCCCUCCUGGACUGGAACAGCAGAUUUCUCCUAACAGUUCUCAGGGCAGCAAUUGGGGGGAAAGACAUUCUUCGAGAUCUGUGGAAGAAACAUACAAUAGACUGAAGGAGAGGAGGAGGAAACUUGCCAUCUUAAGACAUGGUUUGAAUCUGGAAGAUUACUCCAGCAGGGAUGGCAUUCCUCUCAGUGAUUUGUCUUCUGAUUUUGGGGAGAGAAAGUCUCUUAUUUCAGCUAAUUCUUACACUUAUGGGAGCUACCGUCCUGACCUGUAUGCUAGGUAUGGGUCAGAGGUUGCGCUGAGGAUGGGUCAUGACUCUUCUAGUGACCCUCACGGCAGCAGCCUGAGUAGUGAGCCUCAAUACCCCAUGAAGCAAGCCAGGCUGGAUGCUCCCAUAGUCCAAAGACACUUAGAUACUGAGUGGAUGGGAGAGGCAGCAGGCCCAGCAAGGCUUCCAUCCACUAUAGAUAUAGACCCUGAUCCUAGGUACAGGAACCCUGCCUCCUUGAUGGGUAAGAGGCAGACAAUAACUGACAACAGUAAGCAGGCAGGACCAUACUCUCAUGACAGUGAUGGAAAAAAGAAACCAAAGGCAAAACAAAAGAAACACAACCUAAGCAACAAAAAGAACUAUGUUGGACCAGAGUUUGUUGCAAAUGCAAGUGAACCAGUGAUUGAAUUAAACCUGCCUCAGAAUUCAUCUUCCAAAGGCUCGGCAAAUAACAGAGAGAUUUUGGUGAUAUUAUUAGAUGGUCACAAGGUCCAUCUGUCCUGUAGUCCUAAUACUACUGGGAAGGCAUUAUUUGAUUUGAUCGUUACCUACAUCAACCUGCCUGAAUAUCACUUUUUCGGACUCACCCAUGUAAAAGAUGGAGAGCAUACCUUUAUUGACCCAGAAACCAAGCUCCACAAGGUGGCACCAGCAGGCUGGAAGGAGCCAGCCAAAGGGCAGCAUUCAGCUGUGGUUUUCACUGUCUUCUUUAGAGUGAAGUUCUAUGUAGAUGCCAGCGCUUUAAGGCAUCCAAUGACAAGGCAUCUCUUCUACCUACAAGUUAGAAGGGACAUCUUAGAAGACAGAACACACUGCAAGGAUGAAGAUGCCCUCUCUCUCACUGCCCUGGCUCUCCAGGCAGAAUAUGGAGAUUACAUUGCUGAGGCUUACGGCAGGAAUUAUUUUCGCCCUGAAGAUUAUUUGCCUCAGCGUACAAUUCGUAAGCUUGGCUCAGGCUACCUAAGGGACAAUCUUCCCUCUCUACACAAAGGACAUCUUGGUGUAUCUGAUAUAGAUUGUGAAACAGGAUUUUUGAAAGAGGCUCAAAGGCUUACAGAGUAUGGCAUUCAUUAUUACAAGGUUCUAAAGAACAAAGGUGACAAAACCAGCACAGUGUUGGUGGGUAUUGGUAUCCAAGGUGUUGCUCUAUUGGAGAGCAGAGGGGGACUACGACGUGUAACACACCAACACCCAUGGCAGUACACUCAGAAAAUAUCCUUUAAUCGUCGGAAAUUCAGCAUUCAGCCAAAAUCCGAUGUAGGAAACCUGAAACUUGGAAAGAUAACUUACUACACAGACAGCUACAGGAAAGGGCGCUACCUGCUGCAGCUGUCAACAGCACACCACAGGUUUCUCAUGAAGAUUAGGUCCAGGGCAAACCUGUCACACAUGUUCCAGAGAGAAUACCCCUAUGACAGGGAAGAAUACAUGCAGAGACAAGAGGUCAGUUCAGAGGAUAAUUUCAGCUCCGAGGAGGAAGAGCCGGUUAAGGAUGAUGAGGAUGACAUUGAGAUAAUGGAGGAAGAAGCUCCCUAUGCUGUGGUAAGGCAAACUAGGGCCUCCUAUGACACUGUAGAUGUCCCACACAGGAGUCCUCCCUUUGUGAAUGAGCAUGAAGGAGAUGAUAGAAUACAACAGCUAGGCAUGCAGGAACCACAAAGAAUAUCAAGGGCAUAUGAGGAAAUUUCAGUACCAGCAGAGCCUUUGUACACAGCAGUGCACAAACAGCGGCUGGCCAAGCAGGAACACCCAUUUGGAACACCACUAAAGAGUGAAAAUGCCAGGGUCAUAGAUGCAAGUAUAAGAUCCAGAGACCGGACAUUAUUUUCCAAUACUGAUGAGACAAUUAGUGAUUCCUUACAAGAAAGACUUGACAAUCUCUCUCCACCAGAGGUGAAAGAGAGAAGGAUAGUGGUGGUGUCAUUGUCCAAGCCUGCAGACAAAGGUCUGGGUAUCCUUAUAGCUGGUGGGGAUGGCAAGGCACUAGAUGAAGGAAUCUAUGUGAAGUCUGUGAUCCCAGGGAGUCCAGCAGAUGUGGAUGGCAGGAUACGUCCUGGAGACCACAUCAUAGCCAUCAAUGGACAAAGCAUGGAGGAAAAAACUCAAAAGGCUGCUUUGAAAAUCAUCAAGGAAGCUACAUUCAAGGUUGACUUUGUGCUGUCACAAGUAAAGGAUGUGAACAAUACAAGUGGUUCAUCGGGGAGGUCGCAAGUUGCAGAGCAGGCAGAGAAUGUCAGUCAAAAUGAGGACAGACAGAGGAGUAUUGAAGAGUCAAAAAUAAAACCAAAAAUAUUGACUGUUCUAUCUAGAACCCCUGGCACAGGUGAUAGUCUGUCAGCUCAAGGACAGCCUGUGAGUGUUAACAGUGCACCCAUAGGGGGCAGCACUGUGAAAGAACAGGAUGCAGAUGUUGAUGAGGAGGAUGAGGAGGAAGACGAGAAUUCUGAUUGGGGCAUGUCAUCUGCUGAGGAAUCUGACAUGGAGGUGGCAGACAUUUUACCCCAGGAGAAAAACACCCCUUCUAAACCUCCAAGGAAAAAGAAAGUAGAAGACAGCAGCAAUAAUAAUCCCUAUGAACCUGUUGACUUUGUCACGCAGCCAAAGAUUGAUCACAGAAAAACUCCCGUUGAAGCCAGAUCCACACCCCAACAGCUCAGAGGGGGCACUCCAGAGGUGAGGAGGACCCCACAGAUAGCAAAUGAGGUAAUAAUGAAGAGUGUCGCCCCUGGGAGGCCACAGAAUGCUACCCCUGUGAGAAUGACACCCCAGAACAUGGUGGAAUUAGUCAGACCCCAGGGACAUGGUGGUGGACAGUCAGAAAAUAUACCAGGCAAUACAAAUACUGGGAGGAUAUCUAAAAAUGCUCCUGAAGGUGUGUUUAGUCAUUAUUUUACUGAAAUGAAGGUUGCUCAAACCCCUGGCACAGGUGAUAGUCUGUCAGCUCAAGGACAGCCUGUGAGUGUUAACAGUGCACCCAUAGGGGGCAGCACUGUGAAAGAACAGGAUGCAGAUGUUGAUGAGGAGGAUGAGGAGGAAGACGAGAAUUCUGAUUGGGGCAUGUCAUCUGCUGAGAAAUCUGACAUGGAGGUGGCAGACAUUUUACCCCAGGAGAAAAACACCCCUUCUAAACCUCCAAGGAAAAAGAAAGUAGAAGACAGCAGCAAUAAUAAUCCCUAUGAACCUGUUGACUUUGUCACGCAGCCAAAGAUUGAUCACAGAAAAACUCCCGUUGAAGCCAGAUCCACACCCCAACAGCUCAGAGGGGGCACUCCAGAGGUGAGGAGGACCCCACAGAUAGCAAAUGAGGUAAUAAUGAAGAGUGUCGCCCCUGGGAGGCCACAGAAUGCUACCCCUGUGAGAAUGACACCCCAGAACAUGGUGGAAUUAGUCAGACCCCAGGGACAUGGUGGUGGACAGUCAGAAAAUAUACCAGGCAAUACAAAUACUGGGAGGAUAUCUAGAAAUGCUCCUGAAGCAGAGAAUUCUGAGCUGGAGAUGAGCCCCACCCCCCAGGUGGCAGUACCCAGGAGACAUCAGCUGGAUACAGACGAUGAGUUCUCAACACCAGACAUCAUCAAAAACACCCCACAACUUCAGCCACAGAGACCUAACAGCAACUUCAGUUCUGCCAUGGGCAGCAGUCCUGCCAGUAUGGGAGGCUAUGAAACCAGCACAUCGGCUCAGUCCCACCAGUCACAGGAGCUCAAGACUGGAGACAAGUAUGAGGUGGUCCUGGAGAAGAUGCAUGGUAGUUUGGGACUCAAUGUCACUGGUGGUAUCAACACAAGUGUCAAGUUUGGAGGUAUUUAUGUCAAGUCCCUGGUGCCAGGAGGGGCAGCAGAGAGAAUCAGGAAGAUCCAGAUAGGUGACCGUGUGAUCGAGGUCAAUGAGGUCAGUCUGGAAGGGGUGACACACAAGCAGGCCGUGGAGACCCUCAGGAAUGCCCCACACAUCUGCAGGUUGUCCAUGGAGAGAGGGGAGCCCCUGCAGACCAAAAUGGAAAGCCCACACUUUCUGAAGUCUGACACUCCCACAACACAAAAGACGGAUUUCUCAGAGGACAUGGCUGUUGAGCCCCCUAGCACUGGGAGAAUAGAUGACACACAUUUGUAUGACUUUGUCACUGAAGCCAACACAUUUGAGGUUUUUUUGAAAAAGGGUCGAUAUUUUGCAGAAAACACGUAUGAAGUGCCACUGAUAAAGGGCAGCAGUGGUCUAGGGUUUAGUGUACUAGGUGGGAGAGGAGCGCACCCCACUGACCCAGUGCGCUGUAUUGUGCGGGUACGGAAAGUGUUCCCCCUGGGUCCUGCCGCUGCCAGUGGGAGGCUGGAAGUGGGGGACGUCAUUCUGGAAGUCAACGGUACCAAAGUCAGAGGUCUAACACAUGGGGAAACUGUGACACUACUGAGGACAGCGCCAUCAGAUGUCAAGCUGCUGAUCUGCAGGCCAAGCCCUACCCAGCUGCCACCUAUUGUAGACAGGGGGAGGGAGUCUCCAUUUGAAGACAGGGUCCCAACUCCCAAGAGCAUGUCACCAGCGACAGUGGCAUCAGGUCUGUCAGUAGUCCAGGAAUCCCAGUCUCCCAUUAAGUCACCACUGCCCAUAUCACCGUUGGUGUCUAGUCCAGCCAAGUCACCAUUCCAUCAUAGUGGGACACCAGUCCAGCAACAAGGUGUGAAAUCACCUCCUCCAUUCUCUGGCUCAGCACAACAGACUAUGAGACCCACUGUUGAGGAUCGCCCUGCCAGCAGCAUGUCCGAGUCCUCCAGUGAAGAAACCGAGACAGAACAUUCGGUCAGUCCAGACCAGUGGACAAGAGGUCAGAGUACAGUUGACCAGUCUGAAAGGACGUCUGAUGUGUCAGGCAGACAGACACCUAUUGGGCAAGUAGAACAUAUGACCAUGACGGAAGACUCUCCACCUAGUUUACUAGACAGUGACCAGAGGAUUGAGUCUCCACAUAAGUUUGUGUCCAGACAGGAGAGUGGCCAGUCCCAGGGUGUUGCUCCAUAUGUUUCCAAACAGUCAUCUCAGAGAUCUGUUAGAUCUCAGCCAAAAGUGGUUUCCCGAGCUGACAGCAUCCAGUCCAGUGAGUUUUCUAGAACAGAAAGUGUAGCAUCUGACAGUGAUGCCUCUGCCCCUCCCAGUCCAACUCCUGCAGACUCCAGUGAGGAGGAGGAGGAGGAGGACGAGGAAAGUGGAGAGGAGGAGGAGGAGAGUGAAGCUUUGGAUGUACCACCACCACCAAUGAAACCUGGGGAGUUUGAGGUGACAUUGAUAAAGAGCAUCAGGAGUGGCUUGGGGUUCACAGUGGCUGGGGGAACCAUGACAACAGGAGGUUGCUAUGUGAAGGCAGUGGUGCAAGACCCAGCGCUGUCAGACGGCAGGAUGCAAGCUGGGGAUAAGCUUAUCUUGGUGAAUGGUAAAGAUGUGACAGGUUUUAGCCACUUUGACUGUGUGUCCUUCUUAAGGAAUACUCCUCAGGAGGUCACCAUCAGGCUGCACAGAGGGGAACCCCCCAAACCUGCUCAGCAGGACAAAAAGCAGGGCCAGCAGAGCUUCUAUCCAGAAUCUUCAUCAGAGAGUGAGGAAGAGGAGGAAGAUGAAGAGGAGGAGGAUGCUGAGGAAGUAGAAAAAACCAAAUCUGUCAAAGACCUUGCUGCUGAAUUUGAGACUAAUAAAGAUGUGAUUAAGCCACAUGAUUACAGGUCAGUCUCCCACAAACAGCAGCCCUUGGAGGCACCCUCAUCCCCUGAGGGUCACCCUGGUGGUAGUGGUCAAGCCGGAGGGGACACCUCCUUGUCAUCGCUGGACCACAGUAAGAGGUCAGUGGCCAGCCGGAGCAGUGUGUCUUCUUGGGGGGACAUUAGCCUGCCCCUCUCUGACACGGACGACAACAAGCAACAGAUAUCUGGUAUAGCAAUUCAGCUCACAAAGUCUGGCAAUGAAGGUUUUGGCUUUGGGUUGGUUAGUGGUCCAGGUGGCACAGGUGUGUAUGUAAAGACUAUUGCUUCAGGAGGCGUGGCAGACAGAGAUGGACAGCUACAAGUAGGGGACCAUUUAAUCAAGGUAAAUGAAGAAUCAGUCCAGACCUGGACACAUAACCAGGCGGUCAAUCUGCUCAGAAAGUCAAGUGGUCAGGUGACCCUUGUGGUGGAAAGAUCCUCAUCCAAAGAACACUCUCCAAUUUCAAAACAGAAAACACUACAAGAGGAAGAGGGGGAGACGGGGGAGGGUAGUGAUGAGGAGGAAGAGGAAGAAAUCAAAAAUUUGCUCCAGCCUAAAUUUCCUCAAGACAAAGCUGGUAGCAGUAGUGAUACUGACAGUGACGUGGACUCUACUGCUUUAGAUGCAGAUGAAGAUGGCGAUGUUUUCACUGGGCAACCUUCUCAUGAGAGACUGGUGGCUCCACCUUUACCAUUGUCAAAGCCACCAUCACAAACCAACCAUGAAGAAACUGAAAAUGUAAUGCCACCUCCUCUUCCCCCGUCUCCUCCUCCAGAUUCAAGUUCAGAAGAUGAAGAAAGUGAGGAUGAGGAGAAGGAAGAGAAUGAGGAGGAGUUAGUGCCUGGUGGGUUGACAGGUCCUAAAAGCAACACUCCUCUUCUCCCAAAGGCACCGCCACCUGGGGCUUCCUCAGAUGAGGAUUCUGACUCCUGGGGAGAUGAUUCUGAUAAUUCCCUUCCAGAUGGACAAGACAAGAGGGAAGAAGUAAAACAAGUGAACAGUAGCGAAGAGGAGAGUUCCAGUGAAAAAGAGGACACUGUCCCCCAAACCAUCACAGAUGGAUGGGUGUCCCAGCUGCCCAUAGUGACCCCUGUCCCUAGUGGUCAGUAUUCUGGCAAAGCCCUACAGAGUGUGAUCUCCCAACUGACGACCAAGCUGAAAAGAGAUGAUCCAGUGGAGGAAUACAAGAAUUUGCGCCAGGUAAAGCUCACAGACAAUUGUGAUGAUGCCAAGGCCCCAGAAAACAAGAGCAAAAACCGAUACAGGAAUGUUUUACCAUAUGAUAGCAAUCGAGUGAUCCUGACUGGAAGUGAUGACUACAUCAAUGCCAGCCACAUCAAGCUCACUGUGGGCAAAGAAGAACACCAGUACAUAGCCUGCCAGGGCCCCCUGCCGCAGACCACGGGAGAUUUUUGGAGAAUGGUGUGGGAGUACAAAGUCCAGAUGAUUGCCAUGGUUACGAUGGACAUGGAGGCAGGGAAGGUCAAAUGUCACUGUUAUUGGCCAGAGUCCAUGGAGACCCCCAUGCAAGUGUAUGGCAGGUACCAGCUAAGCCUGUUGAGGGAGACCAUACUGCAGCAUGUCCACAUCAGAUAUCUUAAACUGGAGGACACCAAGACCAGUAAGAGCCAGGAGGUGAUCCACCUAAACUUCACCUCCUGGCCGGACAAUGGGGUGCCUCAGACAGCUACACCCUUGCUGCAGUACAUCCAGUUGCUGCAUGCCCUUCAUGAGUCUGGCCCAGUGGUGGUUCACUGCAGUGCAGGGAUUGGAAGAACUGGGACCCUGAUCACUAUAGCCACUGCACUCACAAGUAUAGAGAAAAAUCUCAAGUUUGACAUUUGUGAAAUUGUAAGUGAACUGAGAAAACAACGGCCUGGCAUGAUCCAAACUAAGGACCAGUACCUGUUCUGUUACACAGCAUGCAUAGAAGCCCUAGGUACAAUCACAUCCUAAACCCACUGAUUAUAUGGGAUGCCAGUCCUGAGUCUGAAAUGAAGCACAGAUAUUUGAAAGAUGCUCUUGGUUAGAAUGUACAGGAGUUGUGCAGUAUUGCUACAGAAUACUCAAUUGAUUCUGAUAUUUCCAUGUAUACGAAGUACAGGUUAUUUGUACCUGAUGAUCAAGCAGAGAUGCAAUUAAAUUAGCUUUUAGCAAAAAAAAAAAAAAAACUGUAGGAUGUCAUAAUAAGUCAGUUUUGCAUCCCUUUUUUUCAUACAAGCUACUCGUUAAUGUCACCAUUGUAUGAUUAGCAUUUGUGUUAUGUAAAUGCACAAGGAAAAAGUACCUAUAUUGGCUGAAAAGUGGAAAAAAGUCUAUGUAUGUUUUCAUAUGAAAAUGUUUGUUCAUGUAUAGAGGUCACACUAUGAUCUGCAAUUUGAUUGUAUUGGUUGCUAGGAAGCAAAUUAAGAACGAGAUUAUGGUAUUAUUCAUAACAAGUUAAAAAGAAAUCAUCUUUGGAAAGUGUACUAUAUUAUCAUUAUUAGAUUUAUUUUUUACUUGCAUACAAUUAUAUAUAUUAUGUAAAAAGGAUAUAAAAGAAAAAUAUUUCAGAUUUUGUUUAUGGGCAAUUAAUUUGCUUAAAGGCUGGUAAUGAUAUGCCUACAAUUUUGUAAAUUCUUUAACUAAGGCAUUAGCACAACCAUUUUGGUUUAUAUUAACGGUAUGAAAUCAGUAAGCCAAGUUUACAAUUGUUUAAUUAAAUUUGUUUAAAAUUUUAUUCUAGCAUCACAGCACCAGUUUAUGUUCAUUUGUAAAAUAUGUCUUAAACACUAUUUAUUUGUUGUAAUUUACUUUACUUUUUUAUAGGAAUUGUAACUAUUGAUAACACUCAUUAGGCUGGUUAGGUUAGGUCAGUAUAUAUGCCGACUUAAGAAUAAUGUAAAAUACUUAGAGUUACAAGCAAAAUGUUUGUUUCCUGAAAAAUUGCAAUUAAGUUACUGCUCAGAACUGUAAACUAUGGAUAUAAUACAAAAAUGUACUUAUUAAUUUAAUCAAUAGAAAAAAUCAGUAGGUGACAUUUUGAUAUUUAGAACACAAGCUUAAUUAAUUUCUGAUACAUUUUUUUUUCAAUUGUGAUUUUUUCCCGUCCUUUCUCUUAUUUUAUAAGCUUUGGUUCCAAAGUUGCCAUAGCAUUUAGGUGAGUAGGCUGCCAAUUGACUUUAUUGGUCACUUUUUUCAGACCCCCCUCCGUCCGACCCCCUAGCCGGGUCCAGAUGAUACCCAACCGUAGGAUUUAUUUGCAUUUUUUAUUCAUACUUAUACGUUUUACAUACUUUUCAAAUGGGUAAUAGAAUACUCUUUGUGUCUUUAGUAAGAUACAAACCAAAAUAAAUAGAAUUUUGCUCAAAGAUA